GGUUCGGACUGUGGAAUACCCGACUCGUUGGCCCGGUUAAGAGAGAGGGAAAACCGGCUGACUCUUCUUGUCGGAGACAAAGAGGGGACUCCCAAAUUGUGAUCGCCUUCACUGCUCCACCGCCACCGCCACUGCGGAGGAUCACUUGUCACUUGCUAUCCACAGCAGAGCUGUCCAUGGCGGACUCGUCUGGGACGACGCUGAUGGAUCUGAUAACUUCGGACCCUUCCUCGACGACGGCGCCUCCGCCUCCGUCAUCGUCGUCGGCGCCCCCAUUGCCGCCACCCGCCGUCGUGGGGAAACCGCCACAGACGGAUCGGAAGUCGAAGAGAGGGACUCUAAUGCAGAUCCAGAGCGAUACCAUUUCUGCUGCCAAAGCUGCUCUGAAUCCCGUUCGAACAAACAUCAUGCCUCAGAAACAAAAGAAAAAACCAGUUUCUUAUGCACAACUUGCAAGGAGCAUUCACGAACUGGCUGCCGCAUCUGAUCAAAAAAGUUCCCAGAAGCAAUUAGUGCAUCAUGUAUUCCCCAAACUUGCUGUGUACAAUUCAGUGGACCCUUCAUUGGCACCUUCCCUUCUCAUGCUUGGACAGCAAUGUGAGGAUAGAACUGUUCUACGAUAUGUCUACUAUUACUUGGCCAGAAUUUUGUCAGAUACUGGUUCACAAAGCUUAAGCUCUGGUGGUGGCAUUCCUACACCAAACUGGGAUGCUUUAGCUGAUAUUGAUGCUGUUGGAGGGGUGACUCGUGCUGAUGUGGUUCCUCGAAUAUUAGACCGACUUAGUACGGAGGCCACAAAUGAUGAUGUUGAAUUUCAUACAAGAAGGCUACAAGCUCUGAAGGCUCUUACUUAUGCUCCUUCAAGCAAUUCUGAAGUAUUGUCUAGAUUGUUCGAGAUUGUAUUUGGCAUUCUUGAUAAGGUGGCUGAUGAACCUCAGAAACGAAAGAAAGGUAUCUUUGGUGCAAAAGGUGGUGAUAAAGAGUUCAUUAUCAGGAGUAAUUUGCAAUAUGCUGCUCUAAGUGCUUUGCGAAGACUGCCUCUAGAUCCAGGAAAUCCGGCGUUUCUCCAUCGUUCUGUACAGGGAGUUUCAUUUGCUGAUCCAGUUGCUGUGAGGCAUUCUUUGGAAAUUCUGUCUGAGUUAGCCACAAAAGAUCCAUAUGCAGUUGCAAUGGCUUUGGGAAAGCAUGCACAACCUGGAGGAGCUUUGCAGGAUGUUCUCCAUUUGCAUGAUGUUCUUGCUAGAGUUGCACUGGCUCGUUUGUGUCGUGCAAUAGCUAGAGCUCGAUCACUAGAAGAAAGGCCUGACAUUAAGUCUCAGUUCAAUUCUGUACUCUAUCAACUUCUCUUGGAUCCCAGUGAAAGAGUUUGUUUUGAAGCAAUCCUUUGUGUUUUGGGAAAAUCUGAUCAUGCUGAGAGGACUGAGGAACGAGCUGCUGGGUGGUAUCGGCUAACUAGAGAAAUUCUUAAGCUUCCUGAAGCACCAUCCAUAUCUUCAAAGGUGGCCAAAGAUGACUCAAAAGAUUCAGUUCCUCCAAAGGCUGCUAAAGAGAAAUCCUCGAAGACAAGGCGUCCACAGCCUCUUUUCAAACUUGUAAUGAGAAGGUUAGAAGGCUCAUUCCGUAGUUACUCGAGGCCUGUACUUCAUGCAGCAGCUAGAGUUGUGCAGGAGAUGGGUAAAAGUCGAGCUGCAGCCUUUGCUGUAGGUUUACAGGAUAUUGAUGAAGGAGCUCAUGUCAAUGAAUAUACUGAUUCCCUCGAUGAAUAUGAGAACCCACUAGCUGAAGGUAAUCAAAGGGUUGCUUCUAUAUCUACUGGAACUGGGAGCAAGGACACAAUUGCAAGUUUAUUAGCUUCAUUAAUGGAAGUGGUGCGAACAACUGUUGCAUGUGAAUGUGUUUAUGUUCGAGCUAUGGUAAUCAAAGCAUUGAUCUGGAUGCAAAGUCCACAUGAGUCCUUUGAUGAACUGGAGUCCAUUAUUGCAUCAGAGCUCUCUGAUCCAGCUUGGCCGGCAACACUAUUGAAUGAUAUUCUGCUCACUUUGCAUGCUCGAUUUAAGGCUACUCCAGAUAUGGCAGUCACUCUUCUAGAAAUUGCAAGGAUAUUUGCUACUAAAGUUCCGGGGAAGAUUGAUGCUGAUGUUCUUCAACUACUCUGGAAAACAUGCCUUGUUGGAGCUGGCCCUGAUGGAAAACAUACAGCUUUGGAAGCAGUCACGAUAGUCCUUGAUCUACCCCCACCACAACCAGGGUCAAUGUCGGGCCUCACAUCAAUUGAUAGGGUGUCUGCAUCUGAUCCAAAGUCAGCUCUUGCAUUGCAGAGAUUAGUUCAAGCAGCAGUUUGGUUCCUUGGAGAAAAUGCAAAUUAUGCUGCCUCUGAAUAUGCUUGGGAAUCUGCAACCCCUCCUGGUACUGCGCUAAUGAUGUUAGAUGCAGAUAAAAUGGUAGCUGCUGCCAGUUCCCGUAAUCCUACGCUUGCUGGAGCAUUGACUCGACUUCAAAGAUGCGCUUUUAGUGGAAGUUGGGAGGUUCGCAUAAUUGCUGCUCAAGCUCUUACUACCAUAGCAAUUAGAUCUGGUGAGCCUUAUAGGCUGCAAAUCUAUGAAUUUUUACAUGCUUUGGCGGAGGGUGGUAUACAGUCUCAAUUAUCAGAUAUGCAUGUAAGUAAUGGGGAAGAUCAAGGGGCCAGUGGUACUGGCCUUGGAGUUCUCAUAAAUCCCAUGUUAAAGGUUCUUGAUGAAAUGUACAGUGCACAAGAUGAAUUAGUCAAGGAGAUGCGCAACCAUGAUAAUGUAAAAAAGGAAUGGUCAGAUGAAGAACUCAAGAAACUAUAUGAAACUCAUGAGAGGUUGCUAGAUAUUGUUUCACUGUUCUGCUAUGUACCAAGAGCAAAAUAUCUACCUCUAGGGCCAACAAGUGCAAAGCUUAUUGACAUUUAUCGCACUCGGCAUAAUAUUGGUGCAUCAACCGGCCUGAGUGAUCCAGCAGUCGCCACUGGAAUUUCUGAUCUUAUUUAUGAAACUACAACAAAUAAUAAAACACCUGUUGAGCCUGAUACUCUGGAUGAUGAUCUGGUAAAUGCUUGGGCAGCAAAUCUUGGAGAUGAUGGCUUGUGGGCAAAGAAUGCACCUGCUGUGAACAGGGUUAAUGAAUUCCUUGCUGGUGCUGGUACUGAUGCCCCCGAUGUUGAGGACAACAUUAUUUCCAGACCUUCAGUCAGUUAUGAUGACAUGUGGGCAAAAACACUGUUAGAGACUUCAGAAAUGGAGGAAGAUGAAAGGUCAUCUGGUAGUUCUUCCCCAGGGUCAGUUGGAUCAGUUGAGACAUCCAUAUCAUCACAUUUUGGUGGGAUGAAUUACCCGUCACUGUUCAGUUCGAAGCCAUCCAGCUAUGGAUCUUCCCAGCCUGCGGGGAGGGCAGCUACUGGAAGAUUUAGCAGUCCUGUUGGAGGCUUCUCAAAGUACGAAGGUCUUGGUUCCCCGAUUAGAGAAGAGCCUCCAUCAUAUAGUGCGUCUGUUCUGCAAAGAAACGAGUCAUUUGAGAAUCCCCUGGCUGGGAAUGCUUCAGACAGUUAUGGUUCUGGGGAUAAUGAACGAGUUUCUUCUGGAAAUCCUCAAUUUGGAUCAGCACUUUAUGACUUCACUGCAGGUGGCGAUGAUGAGCUGAAUCUUACAGCAGGAGAAGAGCUUGAAAUCGAAUAUGAAGUGGAUGGCUGGUUUUAUGUGAAGAAAAAGCGGCCUGGAAGGGAUGGGAAAAUGGCCGGGCUUGUACCUGUCCUCUAUGUGCAGCAAUCUUGAUACCGACUACACAUCAACUCAAGGUUCCAAUUACUCAUUCUGAAUCAGUACUGCAAUACCCAUGAAUCCACUCGUGAAGUUUUUCUGUGACAUUUGGCUUUAUAUAUAUGAACAUUCUUCGCUUACAGAAACUGCAAGUGACUAGGGUUACAUGUAGCUGGACUCCUUGUAUAGUUUUCUAGGUUUGCAUUGUUCCUACCAGCCAUUGAAUUUUUUCUUGAUUUUCCUUUUUCGAUUUUAAAAGGGAGAUAGUCCUGGAGGAGAAUUAGCGUGGCUUAUGUAUCUUGCAUUUUUCAUGAUUAUUGAUUUUACCCUUUUGUUC